AAUCAGACAAGCUGGAACACGCUACUGGCCAUUCAGCAUUCAUCAACCAAUUUCAGUCGUCCAUCGGGACUCGAAGUGGUAUAAUAUUUAACGGCGUCGUCAGCACUCGUUUUCGUCAACUUUCGGUCGUUUUUAAUUCUUCGCGUUCGACGUGACAUAAAAUUGAGUGGAAUUAUUCAUCAAGUCUCAGUGAUAUUACAGAUUGUGCAAUUUGUUUUUUGCCAAUUUUUCCUUCACUGAUAUUUGGUCUAACGUGUGAUGCCGGCGCGAUAGGUUAGGGCAACGAAAAACCAGGCAUUCGGAGUAUAAGAGUUGAGUUUUGAGGAAAAUGUGAAGUGUUUUUAUUUGCAACUGAAGAUACUGUCGACCCGGGGUGCAUUCAACGCAAGAUACCGUUUUUUUCAACUCUCAGGGAUUUUUUAAAUUCCCCUGCAGUGACUGGGAAUUAUGUGAAAGUGCUUUGAUUUUAAUUUGGAGCAGAGACUAUUAAUUAGUGGGAGAUCCAAUAAAGAGAACGAUGGCAUUAUCAAGAAGUGACACCAGGUGGUUGUUUAUUAUCUCGUUGAUCACCGGUUUCUGUCUAGUUGCUGGUGGCCCACCCCCCGCUCGUGAUAAUGAACCCGAGGAGUACUGUUCAGUACACAAAUUUGAUAAUCUUCCUGGUGGUCUGAGAUUUACCAAGGAAGUCGUCACGACUGAAUACGCUAAUGUCGGAGGAUUCAAGGCAAUUCACUGCUGUCUCAGGGGAUAUCGCAGCAUUGAAUGGUAUAAAGAUGACAGAGCAUAUCCGUGGCCAGGAGCAUUGAGCCACUUUAUUCUGUACCCAGAGAGUGCCAAUCAGACCAUCUAUACACAGGAGGCAAGACCCUCGGACGCCGGCAGUUAUUCCUGCAGAGCUCGAAACGACACAGACACACUCAUUGGUGAUAUUAGUCUGAAGAUAGUGGGUGAGUCUCGAGGUGAAGACACGAGUGGUUACACGGGUAAACCAUUGGUGACUUACAAACCAGUAUCACAGCUGGUGCAACUUGGUGGUGCUGCCAGGCUAUUUUGCGAGGCUUAUCUUGGUAAAGUCGAUUUACCGGAUGCAAGGAACUCGGUUACUUGGUCUAAAGCGGGCAAUAACGUCACUGUACCGAGUCAGGGGAGAAUUUCACAGCACCGAGUCUCCAGGGAAGACGAGCAAAUCAUCGGUUCGUACUUGGAGAUAACAGCGACAACGCUGGGGGAUUAUGGCCAGUACGAGUGCACAGUCAGCAAUGGUGCUGACGACGAGAUGACGCUAUCAGCUCACAUUUAUCUUCAUGAUGAAAGAUACGUUCGUGGAUUGAGAAAUGGAUCAUGGAGGAAGCCUGUAAUGCUUGGAGUUAUCUUCUUUGUUCUUGUUGCAUCGAUGAUCGCUUCUUACAUCAGAUGCUGGCUGCCGUUGGCUGUCUUCUGGCGCAACAGGUUUUCACGCCUUGAAGAAAAUGACGGAAAAGACUGCGAUGCCCUAGUGUGCUAUCACGAAAAAGAUUCAGUUAUUGCGUUGGGAGUUCUAGUAGCUACGUUGGAGAGUAAAUAUCACUUCAAGUGCACAACACUCGAGCUUUCACAUUUGAAUCGCAACUGGAACAUGGAAAUAUCUCCACACGCUGCCUCAGCUCGUCGGCUAAUAAUUCUCCUCAGUCCAAACUCUAUUCAAGAACCGUGGACAGAGGGCCACGUGAGUCUGGUCCUCAAGCAAAUAAGUCAAUUUCCCAUAAAUUCAAUUGUCAUAUCCCUCACUGAUCUUCCAAAUAUCACAUCAUUCGUUAAGACAAGCAGUUGUGUUGACGCUGCAAAGGAUGGAAUUGUCCUCGACAGAAUGACAAUACUCAGAUGGGACGAGAAGGAGAGGGAAAAAUCGAGUGAUUAUAAAUUCUGGUGCAGAUUAAGACUUCUCCUACCUGUGGUGAGACCGUCACCGAAGAAUUCUGAUGAUUUGAAGUGUCAGAGUGUUGCUAUGAUCAUUCAGUCAAAUGGCACCAAUUCACUUCAGAUGAAGGAACGAUCCCACGGAAACUUCGAGGUUCUCGUUUAGAAUUAGUACUAUUUUUGUUUAUAUCGUAUUACUUGUGAUAUAAGAAUCAUAAUUUUUCGGUACGUUAAACAUUCAGACCAUUCAAUUCAUCAAUUCCCAUCGAUUAUCAAUCAAUUGUCAAUUGAGUGGGUGAUUGCAACUCAACAUUCCUCAUCUAAUUUCCUUAACUUUUAUGUUCCAUUGCUUUGUAAAUAUAUGUGACUGGGUACGUAAAUUUUGUCAAGUAGAAUACCAUUGAAGCUUUUUUUUUCAACUUCUAAUUUAUUCAACUAGGUGAUAUUUUUAGAAUAACAAACUAUUUUAGAUUAGUUGUAUUAAGCCAAAAAGAAAACUACAUUUACCUUUUUUAGUUCUGUAGUCGAGUGCAAUAAGGUGAAGUGCUACAUUUUUUACACUUGUUUUUUACGAUGAUAGUGCAAGUAUUUUUGAAUACACAGGCCUGAUAUCGAAAUAUCUUUGGGGAAGGCAUUAUGAUGUCAUUGACAAAUAGAUGAUCAAUUAUUUUGUUACAGUCAUCUGAUACAAUUUAAAAAAUGAAAUGAUCGUUACGUUUUACCAGCUCCCCAUUAAACAUUCUUAUUUUAUUUCAUUAUCAAUUUAAAUUUCCUAGAACAUGCGAAUAAUCGUUAUUUUCGGUUGAAAAAUUUAUAAAUAUAUUUUUCAAUGUCAGUAUUACAUUGCAUAUGUACAAUGAGUGCCUGCAAUUGUCUUAAAAAUUUUGAAAGUAUUUUUCUAAGUAACGCCAAGUGUCAAAGCCACGAUUAGAAAUACAGGUAAAUUAAACAAUCUCAUCUGGUUUAUUUUAUUCAACAUUUUAGAGCACUGUUUCAAUUGCAUUAUUUGUCGUAACAAGAGUCAAGGCCGGUCGGUCACCAGUGAAAUAAUUUUAAAUGAAAAAUUAAAUAUCGAGUAUUACAACGGAGUAGUACGUCCAUUUGUAUCUCGUUUAGGGUAGAAUUUUUUGUUUACUUUUACAUUAUUUUCAGGCACUUGUAUUCCAGGCAAAAAACGAAUCCUCAUAAUUUCAUGAUCAAUUCUGUGUUAUGUGACUGUUUAUAAUGAUUUUCUCCUUUUUAUGAUGUUCAAAAUAAAAUGUUUUUGAUAUAA